AUGUCUUCCGAGCUUAGGUAUACCGCGAAUACACAGCUCGAACAUCUACAUGCUCGUUACACCGGUACUGGCCAUGCCGACUUGACCAAAUACGAAUGGCUCACCCACCAGCACCGGGACACGUUGGCCUCAAUUGUCGGCCACCCAUCGCUAGCUUCAUACUUAGCUAUUGCCGAUGGCGAGGCAAUUGGAAGAGUCAGGUUCGAGAUGACUGAGCGUAUGCUCCAGCCCUGCGGUCCUCCUCCUGCCAAGGACGAUUAA